CUGAAUUUGUAAUUUUCAUAACAAUUAAUGACUUAUAAAAAUGACUGAGCAAAAACAAAAAUCAGAUAUUCUGGCUGUUACCAGCGAUCAUGUCGAUCGUUUAUUCAGCAAGUGGUCGUAUAUGUUUGAUGAGGAAUAUUGUCUGAUUCUUAAGAGCAAAUUAGGAGACCGCGUUACAAAUUUCUACAGCGACCUGCUGACAGAAUCAAAUGAGAAGGAACAGCUAAUCAAGGAUGAAAUCAGUGGACUGCAAGCAGAGGCCGCAGAUUUGAGGCGCCUGCUGCACAGGAAUCUGGAUAUUGGCGAGAAACCAGAGGACAUGCCGCUGGAUGUCUGGCUGCAAAAGCUGGACAAGAGUAUUGAGCAUUUGCGGGAGGAGCUGCGCAUACGUCGCGCGGAGAUAUGUGAGCUGCUUCUACAGCAGGAUCAGCUGUGCGAAGAACUGGGUGAGUUGCCGCUACCGUUGCUGGCCGAUCCACUGCCAAAACCGGAAGAAAUGUCAUCCUUCUGUAAACACCUCGAGCAUCUGCGAGCAGAGCGCACGCGCCGCAUGGAAGAGCUGUUCCAGCUGCGCAGCCAAAUCAAGCAGGACAUGAGGCUGCUCGGUAUACGGCCGGACACAGCCGCCGAAGAACAUUUGCUCAGCCAGGCAAACCAGAGCCUGACUCCAAAUAUCUUCGAAAAGCUGCGUUUCAUGCAGAAAGAGUUUGCCGCGCAGGUGCUAGAACUGCGCGAACGGAUCGACGAUAUGCGCGAGAAGAUCCACGUGCUUUGGGAGCGUCUGCAGGAAUCGGACGAGUUUGCCAUGCGCAGAGUACGCGAGGCCGAAGAGUAUACACAAGCGACCUAUGAUGUGCUCAAAGAGGAACUGCAGCGCUGCCAGGAGCUGCGUCGUCAGAACCUGAAGACCUUCAUCGAGCAGCUACGAGUGGAGAUUCAAAAGUGGUGGGAUUUGACACUGAAAUCACAGCAGGAGCGCAAACGCUUUUCCAACUUUUACAAUGAGUGGUACAACGAGGAUUUACUGGAGCUGCAUGAGCUGGAACUGGAUGAUCUGAAGAGUUUUUAUAACAGCAACAAGGAGAUAUUUGAGCUGUUUGCUAGUCGCGCCGAGUUCUGGGCACGUAUGGAGGCGCUAGAAGCCAAGGCCAACGAGCCCAAUCGCUUCAACAAUCGCGGUGGACAGCUUCUAAAGGAGGAACGCGAGCGCAAGGCUAUAGGCACUAAGCUGCCAAAGAUAGAGCAGCAAAUUACCGAAUUGGUGCAAGCCUAUGAGAUGCGCCAUAAAUCUCCGUUUCUGGUCCAUGGGGAGAACAUAUUGGAGCAUAUGGCCAACGAUUGGGUGCGCCUUCGCCAGACCAAGGAGCUGCAGAGUUCUGCUCGCAAACAGGGAGGGACAGCCUCAUCAACCCACGGCAAGAUGUUGCCACCGGCUGCACCCGGGUCGAUGGCUCCACGCACGCCUUUGUCGCUAAGGAACACAUCAGCAUUGUCUGCCUCAACGAUGUCAUUGCGCAAGACUCCGUCCAAUAUAAAGAUGUCUUCUAUGACAGGCUCGGCGGCGAAGACCACCGGCAAUUUGCACAAGAGAAAGUUGCCCCUUUCUGGUAAUGGCGGUAAGGUGUUGACACCAAACGCCAAGCGGAAUCUGAUGAAGACGUUGAGCAGCUUGAAAGCAUCACCGGCAUUGCGAAUGCCCGUUCCACGUCCUGUGGCUGUUACACAGAAGACACUGAAGACGCAUAUCAGGAAGGUGCGUGUGCUGGAAAACACGCUUCGACGCAGCUCGGGCUUGGGAAGACGCAGCAUGGGCCACACGGCCAAAAGGGAGCGCACUAAGCUGCCACCGCCGGAUAUUUACGUAGAGCCGCCGUCCAGUGACGAUAACGAUGAGAAUUUGGUCGUUGAGAUCGCCCAGGAUGAUACGUACAAUACAUUUGAGAAAUCCAUUGAGCCCGCAGCACGCUCCUCCAUUCUGCCAAAGGAGGUGGGCUCGUUCUAUCAUAGUCUGAAGCUGCGAAAGCGUUUGUAGAUUUAAUCAACAGAUGGGGCCUUACUUAACAAAAAAUUAAGAGUAUUAUUAAGAGUAUUAUUUUUGUCAACUGUGUUGUAAAUCGAUUUUGCUUUAAAU